GGAGAUUGACAAGAGAUAAAAGCAUGGCGAGGGUUUGUGAGAAGAAAUGGAACUGUGGGACCUGAGGCAAAAAUUAUUUUAUUUGUUCGCUUACUAGCGUCCACGUGCGCCCACACAAUUGCUUGAAUUCCUAUUAACAUUUUUCGAACUUUCAAAGUCUCACCAAAGACAUCGACAACCACACGGCACUCUUUCAACGACAAGAUGCCUACCCAUUUGAGCAAAACCCGCAAGCACCGCGGUCAUGUUUCCGCCGGUAAAGGUCGUGUAGGAAAGCACCGCAAGCAUCCAGGUGGUCGUGGUCUUGCUGGUGGUCAACAUCACCACCGAACCAACAUGGAUAAGUACCAUCCAGGUUACUUCGGAAAGGUCGGUAUGAGAUACUUCCACAAGCAAGGCAACCACUUCUGGAAGCCAGUUGUCAACCUUGACAAGCUUUGGUCCCUCGUCCCACUCGAGAAGCGUGAUGAAUAUCUCUCCGGCGAAAAGAAAGACACCGUCCCAGUCCUCGACCUCCUCCCACUCGGAUACUCAAAAGUUCUCGGAAAGGGUAGAAUCCCAGAAAUCCCAUUGGUUGUGCGCGCAAGAUGGUUCAGCAAGGAGGCAGAGAGAAAGAUCACAGAGGCUGGAGGAGUUGUUGAAUUGGUUGCAUAAAUGGGAAAAUUCAUAGCGAAUGGAUUAUAGGUUUUCUCAAAAUACCAUAAAUGGCUUCUGAACAAACGGCUAUUGGAGUUCUUGAUGAAAAUGAAAGGAAUUAUGAAACCAUUUCUUCGUUGGUGAAUUGAUUUUCAUUAUUAUGGGUGCUGUACAAUCUGAGAGAAGGUUCACUCUCUGAAGUAACCUUUUACACCUUGGUUGGGUGCUAUGUAAAACAGUAUCUUAAGAACUGGUAUACAAGAUCUCCAUGUCCUCACAAUACUAAUAUAUGUACAAUAAAGUCCCAAACCAAUUUACCAUACUCCACAUAAUCCCAAGAGCGCCAAUACAUCAUUCA